AUGCCUCCCAAAGAUAUCCGCAGUUUCUUUGGAGCCCAAAAGACCAAGGCGCCGGCCAAGUCCAAUGACAAACGGCCAGCCACCACGUCUGUGGACGAAGAGAGAAAGCCCAAAAAGGUCAAACAGGAGGUCAAACAGGAGAUUAAUUCCGAGCCCGAGAAGUCGCCCGUCAAGCCAAAGAUUCCCGCAAAGCCCAAUCCCACUGCUAAGACCAAGUCUCCUGCCAAACCUGCUCCCAAAAAGCGGACAAUCCAGAUUGACGAUUCUGACAGCGAAGAUGGAGAGGCCCCUUAUGAGAUAGAUAUGGACAGCGACGACGGGUUUGUGGACGACGAUGAUUUGCCCGUGAAACCUGUGCAGCGACGAACACGACGAUCGGGGCCAGUCAAGGAUGACGAUGUGAUUGAGAUUGAUGAGGACGACAAUGUGGUCAAGAAGCCACCUCCCAAGGCAAGCGUAUCAAAUAAGGGCCCAAUCAUUGACUAUGACGAUCUCGAUGACGACGAUCUCGAGCAAAUCAAGCGUGCUCCUAAAAAGGCUGCCCCCAAGCCCAAGGCUGCUCCAACGGCCGCCCCCAAUGCUCGAUCCGCACCUGGAGGGGCUACAGCAGAGUCUGUACUAGCGCAAUUACCCGACGCCGAGCUUCCCGAGGUCGAGGAGGGGAAGAAGUUCAACUUCCGAGAGCAUCUGGCCAAGAACACGGCCACUGGAAGUGGAGAAGGAGGAGGAGCAGUGGAGCUUCCUGAGGCGGCCGAAAACUGUCUGGUGGGCCUCACGUUCGUUUUCACUGGCACCAUGCCCAACUUGUCGCGAGAAGAGGGUCAGGCCGCAGUCAAAAAGUACGGAGGUAAGGUCACUUCUUCCAUUUCUGGUAAGACCAACUGUGUUGUUCUGGGAGAAGAUGCCGGACCCAAGAAGAUUGAGCAGAUCAAGAAGCUCAGAACCAAGGCUCUGGAUGAAGCUGGUUUCUUGGAACUGCUCAGACUCAUGCCUGCUGACGGUGGAGGGGGUGCUGCUGCUGAAAAGGCGCUAGCUAAGCAGGCAGAAGAGGCCGACAAGAUUGCUGCUGAGAGCGCAAAGAUGGCUGCUGAGAUGGCGGCGCGAGAAAAGAAGGAGAAAGCUGCAUCCAAGAAGGCGGACGCUUCUGGAGCCCCUCGGGCUGUGUCUAUGGAUGACCAGCUGUGGACAGUCAAAUACGCCCCCAACAACCUGAAUCACGUUUGCGGAAACAAGGGAGCGGUGACCAAGCUACAAAACUGGCUCAACAACUGGCACGACAAUGCCAAACAUGGAUUCAAGCAGCCUGGAAAAGAUGGAUUUGGCAUUUAUCGUGCUGUUCUGCUGUCUGGUCCCCCUGGAAUCGGUAAGACUACUGCUGCGCAUCUGGUGGCCAACCUUGCAGGCUAUGAUGUGAUUGAGAACAACGCCUCGGAUGUGCGAUCUAAAAAGUUGCUUGCUCAGGACGUUUCUUCAGCUCUCACAAACACCUCCAUCAUGGGUUUCAUGAGCUCAGCGAAGUCUUCCAAAGAGAAGAAGAUCUGUAUGAUCAUGGACGAGGUCGAUGGUAUGUCUGCUGGUGAUCGAGGAGGUGUGGGCCAGAUGGCUGCCCUGUGUCGAACUACUGAGGUGCCAAUCAUCCUCAUCUGUAACGACAAGGGUCUUCCUAAGAUGCGUCCAUUUGACAGAGUGACUCUGGACAUUCCUUUCCGACGAAUGGACCCCAAGGCUAUCCUAGCACGAAUGAUGACCAUCUGUCAUCAGGAGAAGAUCAAAAUUUCAGCUCCUGUUUUGGAGCAGGUCAUUGCUGGCUGCAACUCAGAUAUUCGUCAGAUCAUCAACUUGCUGUCGACUUAUGCUCGAAACCAGAAUGAGGGUGGUCUUGAUAUUGAGUCUGGUAAGAAGAUGACCCAGUCAUGGGAGAAGAAUGUGGUUCUGAGUCCCUUUGAUAUCACUGGAAAGCUGCUUUCCGGAGGCCUAUGGGCUCCUUCCUCCAAGGCCACUCUCAAUGACAAGAUUGAGCUUUAUUUCAACGAUCACGACUUUGUUCCUCUCAUGAUCCAGGAAAACUAUCUCAACGUGCAGCCUAGUGGAGGAGGCGACAACAAGGAGCGUUUGAGGAAGACGUUGGCUGCUGCUGAGUCCAUAUCUGAUGGUGAUCUUGUUGAUAAGAUGAUUCAUGGCUCCCAGCAGCACUGGUCUCUGAUGCCUUUGCAUGGGUUCCUGAGUGCGGUUAGGCCUGCUUCUUUCGUUGCCGGCCAGGCCCGAGGACGAUUCAACUUCACGUCCUGGCUGGGUCAGAACUCCAAGGGAGGAAAGCAUCUUCGAGCUCUCCAGGAGCUUCAGAGUCAUGCUGGAUACAAGACUUCGGGCAACUCUCGAGAGCUGAGACAGCAGUACUUGCCUUUGAUGACUCGAAAGCUUCUUGACCCACUUUUGGCUAAGAAGGCAGAGGGAGUUCCUGAGGUGAUCGAUUUCAUGGACUCGUAUUAUCUCACCCGAGAGGAUUGGGAUGCUAUCAUGGAGAUGGGUGUUGGUCCUGACAGUGGAGAAGAGCGUAUGAAGAAGCUCGAGACUCAGACCAAAUCUGCCUUCACUCGAAAAUAUAACACUUCGUCGCAUCCCGUGCCCUACAUAAAGUCUGGAACUGCCAUGGACAUGAAGGCGUCUAAGGCCCAACCUGAUUCGGGAGACGUGGUUAAUGAGGAGGUGGAGAAGGAAGAGGAAGAGGAUGAAGAAGACAUUUCGAAGGACAAGUACAUCAAUCAGCCCAAAAAGAAGGCUGCUCCUAAGAAGGCUGCUCCCAAGAAGACACCUGCCAAGAAAGCUGCCCCCAAGAAGGCUGCUGCUAAGAAAAAAUAG